GCGCGCCCAAGGGGCAUCGCCGCUCCAGUUGCCAGUCCCGAAUCCGACAUGAAGGACACGACUGCAGCCGCUGGAAGCCCCGCCCUCGCUGCAGCGUUGUCAUCGUUGCGCAAGGCGAAACGGUCCCGUGGUUUGGCCUUGAAUCUCGUCGACGACAACAACCGAAAACAGGCCAUUGCCUCGGCGGUCGUGGCAGCGACACCGACGGUGUGCAGCAGUAAUGACGACUGUAGCGCUUCACGCGGGACGGUUCAUGCAUUCACUGCCGUGGACCGUGGAACACAUGCCAAACCUCGCUUUGAAACAGCCAACAACAAUGACGACGAGCAUGAAGAUUGCACCAACGUCUCGACGCAGCAUGGAAAGCGAUAUCUCAUUAGCACUGUGUCGAACAAUACUACGGCAAGCACGUCCUCCUGUAGCUACAAGGAAGCUCUCCUCUUGCACACAGGACCUUCCUCUCACACUCACGGAUUCACGUGGUCGUCGGCGGUGACGACAGCAUUGGCGAACAUGGGGGUCUCUCCUUCCCCAUCUGAAUGCGGUACAAUCUCUGCUCCAACUUCGCCAUGCUGCAUCGACAACCCUCACACAAAGGACAAUCAAGUGUCGUCGGCGGCAAGUCCUGUUCCAGGGCACAGUGACGAUCCCAGCGCCAAGACCUGGCCCACGUCGCUGGACCUGGAUGAGCACUCGCCAAUUGCAACUACCGCGUCCCGACAAGACAAAACCGCCGCCGCCCGACUGCAUCCCCGUGAGAUCCGCAGUGCUAUUGCCCAUGCAUCAUCGCAAGGCGUGCUGUCGAAGAGUUCGAAACGCGAAAUGCGCCAAUCGAUUCUGCGUGGCGCCACUCACGUCGUCCUGAAUGGACUUCGACAGGUCUGCCACCUCCAGCCGCUCGUGUUGCCACUUUCGUCGUCGGACGCCCAGUCGCUCCCACCCACGACAGAAUUCGACCGCCGACAUACGAAUGGUCUGCACAAGUGCUUGAACGCGCUGGUGCCACCGCCGCAGGGCGACACGCUCAAGGCCAAGCAUCGCGUGCUCAUCGCCCUGGAUCGCGUCAUCGACAAGUGGAUGCACCAGGUCAAGACCACCACGGGCAUCGCAGCAGUCGCGUCGCUCUUUGUUGGAGGUAGCUUCUAUCUCAAAGUCGACGAUGCCGACUCGGACUUGGACGUGGUCGUGCUGUGCCCGGUUGAUGUGACGGUGGGCGACUUCUUCUCCGCGCUCCCCGUCCUCUUGUUGGCCGCCCCGACUAUUCACCACGUCGUGUGCAUGGAAGAGGCAUACGUCCCGACGAUCUCUUGCACGUUCCACGGCAGCAUCCACGUCGAUUUACUCUUCAGCCGAUUCACGCAGACGGUGGUGCCAAACCACCUACCUCUGCACAGCGAUCACAUCCUCGUGGGUUUGGACUUGGCGUCCGUGCGAUCCUUGUCCGUGCCACGGGUGGCGUCGCUCGUGCUCGACUUGGUCCCGAACCCGACGGCGUUCCGCGGCUGCCUCCGCGCCGUCCGUGCGUGGGCCAAAGCCCGCGGUCUCUACUCGAACAAGGUCGGGUUCCUCGGCGGCAUUUCGUGGACAGUGCUCGUCGCGCUCGUGUGCCAAAUGUUCCCCCACGCUGUCGCUGGAUCGUUGCUCCACCACUUCUUCCAUAUCCUUUCGUCGUGGCAAUGGCCGAUGCCAGUCAUGCUCGCCAAGCCGUACGAUGCUGGCCACGGGUUUACCCAGUGGAGCCCUGCUCUGCACGUCCACGACCGGGCGCACGUGAUGCCGAUUCUUACACCGGGGUACCCGUCCAUGAAUUCGGCGGCCAACGUCACCCACUCGACACUCCGCGUGCUCAAGGAAGAGCUGACACGGGGCAAGCUCGUGCUGGAUGACAUGGUCGCCCAGGGUCUGACGAGCCCCCAGGCGUGGAGCCCCCUCUUCGCCCCGAGCGACUUUUUCGUCCGGUAUGACCACUACAUCCACGUCCACGUCGAUCCGUCGUUAGAUGUCCGGGCCGCUUCGUCCGGCGCGCAGGUCGGGUUUGUCGCGUCUCGGCUGCGCAAGCUCGUCGAUGCCCUCCAGCUUACCAACCACGUCCUCACGGUUCAUCCGUUUCCGACGUACUUUGGGCCGCCGCACCACGCGUUCUUUGUGGGAUUUGAGCUCACGGAAGCGCUGCACGACGUCGCCCGCGCCAUCGUGGCCCCCGUCCUCACGUACUUCACAGCGACGGAACUACACACGACGACAGGGACGACGUACCCUGAUUGCAGACCACCUGUCUCCGCCACGUUGUCCUACAUGACAUGGCAGGACCUCCCGGAAGUGGUGUUUCCUCAAGGGCGACCCCACGCGGCUGGCGACCGCGCCAAGUACAAGCUUAGCCGUGCACACACGCUGCAUGUUGCAGGCUCGUCCGCAUCCCACCGAAUGACGUCUUCGCUCGUGUGCCAUCGGUGGCAGCAAGAGCCACCACCAUACACCGCUUCACACAUCGAUCAACCCGUCCGCCUACGUAAUUAAUGCACCACACUCUACCACGC